AAGAGGUAACCCAAUUGUUAACGAAAAGAUAUCAUUGGAAUAAUAAGAUGUCUCGACGAGUUGCCUUACUUAUAUGGAUAUUUUUGCAUGCAACGCUCGCACAAGAUGAUCCCAUUAAAGAAGAUGCUGACCUUAGUACGGUGGAGCUAAUUGAAAAGUACGGGUAUCCAGGCGAAAGUCAUACGGUGGAGACUGAAGAUGGUUAUUUUUUGACCAUGCAUCGAAUCCCAAGACCCAACGCAAAGCCUGUUUUGCUGAUGCAUGGUCUAUUGGAUAGCUCUGCCACGUGGGUGAUGAUGGGACCCGAAAAGGGACUAGGUUACUGGCUCUACGACCAGGGCUACGAUGUGUGGAUGGGCAAUGUGCGUGGCAAUGUGUAUAGUAGGAAACACGCCAGUUACACGCCCGAUGAGAGCGAGUUUUGGGAUUUCUCGUUUCACGAAAUAGGCAUCUUUGAUUUACCAAAAAUCAUUGAUUAUGUACUUGAACAAACGGACAAUACGGAUCUUCACUACAUUGGACACUCACAGGGCACCACAUCCUUCUGGAUAAUGGGUAGUGAGCGUCCCGAGUAUAUGGAAAAGAUCAAGUUCAUGCAGGCCCUGGCUCCGGUUGCCUUUUUUAAGGAUAGCAAGAGUCCUCCAUUGAAUUUCUUGGGUGCAACUAAAUUAUCCUCAACACUUUUACUGCAGAUGCUUGGCCCAAAUGAAUUCCUACCGAAGAACGAAUUUAUAGAAACGAUCAGUGCAGCGGUUUGCGAUGGGACGGAAUUUGGCGCUCAGCUCUGCUCGAAUACUCUCUUCCUGUUCACGGGCUUCGACCAGGAGCAGCUGAAUGAGACCAUGUUGCCGACGAUCCUAGGACAUGCUCCCGCUGGAGCCUCCACCAAGCAAAUACUGCACUUCGGCCAGAUGAGAUCACUGAACGACUUUCGCAAAUACGACUAUGGCCCAUUGGAGAAUCAAUUGCGAUACAAAAGCUUGCUUCCACCCAAAUAUAAGCUGGAAAAUGUGAGUGCCAAGGUGGGCUUAUAUUAUGGCCAAAACGAUUGGCUGGCUCAGCCCGCAGACGUGACCACGCUUUACUUUCAAUUGCCCAAUGUGGUAUUUAAAUAUCUGGUGGACUAUCCAAAGUUCAAUCAUCUGGAUUUCAUGUGGGGCAUUGAUGCACGGGAGCUGCUCUACGAUCGCAUGCUUGAGAGCAUGCGUUAUUAUGAGAACGAGCAAAUGAUCAAUUAAAACUUGGCACAGCCUUGAGAAAGAAAAUCGAAAUAAAAAAUUAAUCAAAAAAAUUAAAAUAAUAUUGGCUGCUUUUGCUAAAAAACAUUGCCAGUUUAUAAAUGAUUUAGCGAAAUUAUAACUAUAAUAUUAAUGAAUUAGAACUAAUAUAUAUAGCCUAUAGUUCUCAAAAACGGACUAAAAUUAAAAUCAGGGUAUACAA